UCUCAAACAUACAAGGGAGGUUUCUCAGGCUAUAAAUCAACACCAGAUAUAGUUUCCUUUACCAUGCACCAAUUAUUUUGAGAGUGAAAGAGCAUCAUGGGAUCAGAAACAGUCUCUCAGAUAAUCCCUGUCGUUGACUUGUCCGACCAAAACAUGAAACCUGGUACUGACACAUGGGUCUCAGCUUGCAAUGUUGUGAAAACUUCACUAGAAGACUAUGGUUGUUUCGUGGCACACUAUGAUAAAAUUGGCAAAGAACUUUGUGACAAUGUUAUCUUUGGAAUUGAAGAAUUCUUCAAGCUCCCUUUGGAAACAAAAGCGCAAAAGAUAAGUGAUAGACCUUUCCAUGGCUACUCAGGACAACUCUUAACACUUCCCUUAUAUGAAUCUUUGGAUAUCCAAGAUCCAUUAACUAUGCUUGGAUGUCAAAUAUUCACCCAAAUCAUAUGGCCACAAGGAAAUAAUCGUUUCUGCGAAAGCUUCAAUGAGUACUCCAAAUUGUUGGGAGAAUUAGACCAUAUAGCAAAGAGGAUGGUGUUUGAGAGCUAUGGUGUUGAUACGAAAAUAUGUGAAUCGUUGAUAGAAUCAAGCAAUUAUCUCAUUCGAUGCUUGAAAUACAGAACACGAGAGAUGGAUGAGAAUGAUUUGGGAUUAACACCUCAUUCAGACUUGACCAUUAUAUCUGUAGUGCAUCAGCUGAAUAAUCUAAAUGGCUUGCAAAUCAAAUUGAAAAAUGGAGAAUGGACUGAGGUUGAGGCCUCACCUUCCUCCUUUGUUGUCUUAGCAGGUGAUGCAUUUACGAUAUGGAGUAACGGAAGGAUACGUGCAUGUGAACAUAGAGUUAUAAUGAAUGCAACGAAAACAAGAUACGCAGCUGCAUUAUUUUCUUUUGCUAGUAAGAUUAUGGAGAUACCAGAAGAGCUUGUGAAUGAGGAACAUCCCUUGCGUUAUAAACCAACAUUCGACCAUUACGAUUAUCUUCGUUUCUUUCAGAAAGAAAAAAUGAAAGAACCUAUUUCACGCAUGGAAGUGUAUUGUGGAAUUAAUUUCAAGCCUAAGUGAAAAUGAAUGAAUCAGCUUUCUCUUGUUCAUAAAGAAUUGUGUGGAAAUGAAUUGUGUGUUGCUAUAUACAUGAGUGUGUUGGUUGCUGCCUUAUGUGUUCUUCUAGGGUUAUUUUUUCUUUUGCUUUGUAAUAAUUUGUGCGUUACUAUUGUAAACAAUGUAUUUAAUGAAUAAUGAAAGUCUAAAGUUU